AUGAUUAGAUGCUGUAAUGAACUUAACAUUGGAUACGCCGCUGAUGGGUAUGCACGCUCAAUGCCCGGUAGAGUGGCCGUUGUUUUUGUCACCUUCAUGGUGGUGAUCGUCAGCUCAGACUCUCCGCUACAGGAGACGUUCAGCCAGGACCGGCUAGUCCAUCAUACUUUGGGGGUUAAAAAACAGAGAUCAACCCUUCCAGAUUUUCAAGGAAGCACCACCGCGGCGGUCCGUCUGACCACGGAUAACGACCCAAUUGGAACUCUAGACAGUACCAUAAGCCACUGUCUAGAAGAUUCAUCGCCCGUGUACAUCGAGAUCUCAUCUAGUAUUUCUCAAACACCUUGUGAGCCUCCUAAACCUCCCAUAGUCAACAAGCCUCUCCCACAGCAGCCUGAUCAUAUCAAUACUGUAGCCGAUGCCAUUGGCCCUUCCCCCGAUGUAUUGGUAUCAUCAAUUGAUAAACUCGGUUACGCGGUGUUCGUUCAGCCCGACAGCAAGCCUCUCGUGCCUGAGGGCCACCCUCAGUUUGCAGGAACAUUCUGGUCUUCGGCGAACUAUCAGUCACUCGACAGUCACCUUGCUAUGAAGUAUAUCACCUCGCCAUAUGGUGAGACAAUCCAAGGGAUCAGUCUCAAUGAUAUUGUUAGAGCACUCAUUGCCUCUAACAUUCCUCACAAUGGUACUACGAGUCGUGCCCUACCGCUAGCCUUGGGGCUACGAACGGAGGCCUUAACGGUUGUCCCCACCUUCGAGGGCAUUGAGGAUAUCCUCAAACCAAAUGAUACUUUGUUCGCCAAAACGGGGGAUAGCUGGUUCAACGCGAACACCAUACAACUGCCAAAUGGGACCAAUUUUCAUAUGCAAAUGAUCUAUGCUUCAAUUGAAUGGGGACUACCGGCCACUCUGAUCUACCAAGUCGGCCGACCAGACGGUCGAGUCAUUACUAUGAUCGGAGAUGGUAGUUUCCGGAUGCCGCGCAGGAACCUAGGGUAUACGGUUGAGAACUACACAGUCUUCGCAUCCAGUCUCUGCAACAGAUCGGCGAUAUCGGCAUUGAACCCACCCAUGGUCUCAAUGCAGAUUAAGAGCAAAGCCGAACACCUCAUAGCACUAGACCGUGCCGAGAGAGAACCGACCAAGCUCGCCAUUCUAUGA